AUGGGAAAUUCCAACUCCACUUCACAAAAGAGUUUCGUGUUGGUGGGUUUCUCAGAUUGGCCUCAUCUACAAGGCUUCUUUUUUGUCUUUAUUUUGGUCUUCUACUCCCUAACUGUCUUUGGCAACACAACCAUCAUCGCUCUUGCAAGACUGGACGUUCGACUGCACACUCCCAUGUACUUCUUCCUCUCCCACCUCUCCUUCCUGGAUCUCUGCUACACCACCAGCACUGUGCCCCAGCUGCUGGUCAACCUUCAUGGACUUGACAAGACCAUCAGCUAUGGAGGGUGUGUGGCCCAGCUCUUCAUUUUCCUUGCUCUGGCCUCCACAGAAUGUUUGAUUUUGGUGGCGAUGGCCUUCGACCGCUAUGCUGCUGUGUGUAAUCCACUCCAUUACACCACCAUUAUGCACCCCCUCUUCUGCAGGGCAUUGACCAUCUCCUGCUGGAUAGGAGGCCUUGUGAACUCUCUGAUUCAGACAGGACUUGUGAUGACCAUGCGACUCUGUGGCCAUCAACUGAAUCACUUCUUCUGCGAAAUGCCCAUAUUCCUGAAGUUGGCCUGUGAGGACACAGAAGAAACAGAAGCUAAGCUGUUUGUGGCGCGAACAAUAGUCUUAUUGUGCCCUGCAGUUCUGACUUUAGGAUCCUAUGUUCACAUUGUUCGGGCUGUACUAAAAAUCAAGUCAAGGUCUGGACGCAGAAAGGCUUUUGGGACUUGCGGGUCCCACCUCAUGGUGGUGUCUCUCUUUUAUGGCUCAGGUAUUUACACAUAUCUCCAGCCAGUUCACAGAUAUUCUGAAAGCAAGGGAAAGUUUGUUGCCCUUUUUUAUACUAUUGUUACCCCCUUGUUCAACCCUCUGAUCUACACCCUGAGGAACAAAGAUGUGAAGGGGGCCCUGUGGAAGGUGCUAGGGAGAGGCACAGACCCAGGGUAG